UCCUGAAAUUGCACUAUGACAAAGCCUAACUUCAUACCCCAAAGUCUUUAAGUUUUAAAAAUCAAAGUUAAAAUUCAAACUUUCGGAUAUGAAGUGGAGCUCUACCAAAGCUUAACUUUUUUCAAAUUUCAUAAUUGAGGCUUCAAUAGAACCAAACCAGACCCGUUGGUCUGAAUUUGAAAACUUGAGACACUCGAUUUUCUAACUUCAGACCAUCAAAGUAAUUUUGAAGCGGCUAAACUUUGUGAAAAGUGGCUAUUCUUUAAAUAGAUGUCUUAAAAUCGGCUAUUUGUGCACUUCUCCAUGUUGAUAUAGAGAAAAAGUUCAAUGCCUUUCGUCGUAACAGUUGGUUUCUUUUGCAGUCUUUGAUAUGCUAUAAGAAACUGAAGAGAAGACAAUCAAUAGGCCGAGUAUGUUCUCCUGAUCAGCUACAUUUGCAAAGAUGUGUGGACAAACCAGUCGACUUACAUUACAAGAAUUUGCACGACGCUUGCAGUUAGUAUAUAUUAGUAUGAUCAAUCAUUAUCAGCUAAAGUGGUUAAAAUAGUUUAGGAUCGGAAAGUGGUUUAAUCUACAUUCUCUGCUCUGGUGGUUGUGCAGUAGAAUGUACGCAAUUGUAACAUGUACUAGAGAAUCUGCUAAAGCCAUUAAGGGCUUUGAACCAUUAGCCCCAGAAACCUCAGACAAAUCAACAUUUCAAAGGUAGCUUUGAAAAUGAUUUCUAUGUUGGUUUGAAAGGAAGGAUCAUGCAUUGGAGAAAUCUUAGGACUUGUUUCCUGAGAUGAGGAAUGGAAAAAAAUGAUCUGCCAUUUUCACCAUUCUAAAUGAUUCGAAAAGCAGUUAACGAAACUCACUCUGCCUUAACGCACUUCACACAAAAGUGCAGAACUCUCAACCACCUAAAAGAACUCCACUGCCAACUCCUCAAACUCUACCUCCCUGAAACUCCAUCAGCCAUUGCCCCACUUCUUUUAUUUGUCGUCAAUUCUGGGAAUCCUUCUUUCUUCAAUUAUUCGCGUAUUGUGUUUCAAAAUCUUGACUACCAAAGUACUUUUUUGUACAAUACCAUGAUCAGAGGAUACAUGCAAUCAGAUUUGCCGAUACCAGCAGUUCUAUGCUACAAAGAUAUGCUUAGAGAUAAGCUUAUUGUAAAUAAUUAUACUUUUCCGCCAUUGAUAAAGGCUUGUUCGAUGAUUUUAAACGAGUUUGGUCAACGUGGUUUUUCAGUGCAUGCCCAUUUACUGAAAUUGGGAUUACAACAUGACCGGUUUAUUGUUGCAUCGUUGAUUGAAUUUUAUUCCCUAAAUCACGAGAUGGACAGAGCACAUAUGUUGUUUGAUGAAAUUCCCAACAGAGAUGUGGUUAUGUGGACCACCAUGAUUGAUGGAUAUGGGAAAAUAGGGGAGGUGGGGAAAGCUAGAUUAUUGUUUGAAGAAAUGCCGGAGAGAAAUGUGAUUUCUUGGAGUGCAAUGAUGGCAGCAUAUUCACGGGCUAGUGAUUUUAAGGAGGUGCUUUGCCUGUAUCGGAGGAUGGAAGAAGACGGUCUUAUGCCGAACGAGUCUGUUCUUGUGAGUGUUCUCACGGCUUGUGCUCAUCUAGGUGCACUAGCACAAGGUUUUUGGGUACAUUCAUUUGCUAAGCAUUAUAAUUACGAGUCAAACCCAAUAUUGGCUACUGCAUUAGUUGACAUGUACUCUAAAUGUGGUAGAAUGAAGUCGGCUUCAUCGGUUUUUGAAGUGAUAACUUAUAAGGAUAUUGGAGCAUGGAAUGCCAUCAUAUCAGGCUUUGCAAUGAAUGGAGAUGCAGUGAAAUCAGUUCAAUUGUUCAAUAGGAUGAUAGCAAGUGGGAAUCGGCCAAAUGAAACCACUUUUGUUUCUCUGCUCUCUGCUUGCACUCAUGCAGAAAUGGUUGACGUAGGUCUUUCACUGUUUUCAAGAAUGGGCAGUGUUUAUGGAGUUGAACCCAGGUUUGAACAUCGCGCAUGUGUGGUAGACCUGUUAGCAAGAGCUGGUAAGCUCGAGGAUGCUGAGAAGUUCAUAGAGGAGAACAUGGGAGGGAUAGAGAAAGGGGAUGCUAAUGUGUGGGGAGCUUUACUUGGUGCUUGUAGGGUGUAUGGUAAUGUUGAAGUAGGUGACAGGAUAUGGAGAAAGCUGUCUAACAUGAAGGUAGCUGACCAUGGUACUUGUGUACUUGCAUACAAUAUAUACAAGGAAGCUGAUCGAGAUAUAGAAGCUAAGUGUGUUAGGAAAUUGAUUGAGGAGAUGAGGAUAAAGAAGCAGCCUGGAUGUAGCGUCAUAGAGGUAAAUGGUAUAGCUGAGAAAUCCCUUGCAAGUGAUCUAUUACAUCCUAAGUGACAACAAGUCUGUAACUUGCUUAGUCGUUGCCUAAUAUAAUGUAUCUUAUUGAUUGAAUAUGAUACUAAGCGGUCAGAAUAUAGACAACAGUAAUGUGUUUCUCUUCGUUUGUUUUUCUAAGUUGCUCCAUAUUAUGUAAAUGACCUGUGGAAAUUGGUAAUCAGAUUCAGAGUGGUUCUUAUGCUAAGCUAUGUGGUUCCUAA